AUGCAAAAUCAUAAAUUAAACCAAGUACCUCAAAAACAAGAUUCUGUACUGCAACCAUCUUUAAAUCAACAACAAACAUCAAUACCACCAACUAUUCAACAACAGCAACAGCCACAUCCCCUACAACAACCUUAUCAUGUUCCGAAUCAUUUACCACCUACAAAUGGUUAUUAUUCAACACCAAGUCAAAUCCCAAUAAUUAAUUCACAAAUACCUCAAACUCAACAACAACAACAACAACAACCACCUAGUUCGCAAUUGAAUUUACCACCUCCAUAUAUUACUUCAUAUCCAAAUUAUCCACCUCAAAAUUACCCAUAUCCACAUCAUACACCACAACAACAAAUUCCUCAAAAUACUUCUUUACAACAUACACUGUCAAUAUCAUCGGAUUCUCCUAUUCAUUUGACUCAACAAAACGUUAGCCCUAGACCUCCAAUCCACAAUCAUUUACAACAACAAACUUUGAAACUGCCAGAUAACAAUGUACUCGUUAACACAUCUUCAUCAGUACCAACCAGCUCAAAACAAACUAAAUCUCAAAGUCCAUUAACUACAGAAAAAAACCCCAAGAAACGACCACAUUCAUCAACUCAAACAUUAUCUCGAGCUACAGUAACUUAUCCAAGAAAAAGAGCUUUAACAGCUUGUGAUACGUGUAGAUUGAAAAAAACAAAAUGUGAUAAUGUCCGUCCACAAUGUGGAUCAUGUGAAAGAAAUAAUAUAAAAUGUCAAUAUCGUACUGAUCAAAAUCAAAAAGAUUAUCUGAGUUAUGAUCCUGCUUCUUUAAGUAUAUUAAGUAAAUUAGAUGUAAUAUUAAAAGAUUUAAAACAAAUUAAAGGAGAAGAUACCGGAGUAGAGAAUCAGCUGUUGAAAGUUGAAAAAUUUAAAGAUAAAAUUGAAGAAUUUGAUAAAUGUAUAUGGGAUAUGUCAUUAACUUCAUUAUUUAAAUGGAAAUAUUUUCAAAAUGAAUUAAAAUUAAACGAAGAAACAUUAAAAAAUUAUAAACAACAAUUAAUUAUAAAAUAUGAUAAAAAUUUAAAUAUAUUAACAAAUCAAACAUUACUGGAACAAUUGAAAGAAUUUGAAAAUUUAGAAAAAUUAAUAAAUUCAAAUUUUUCAAAUAUUAUUAAUUCAUUUUUUGUUAAUAUAUAUACAAAAUUACCAAUAAUUGAUGUUUAUGAAAUUUUUGAAAUUUUAGAGUUAUAUCAAUUUUUAAAUCAUAAAAUUGAAAAUUUUUCAUUUAUAAAAUUAAUUGAAAUUUUUAAUGGAUAUGAUGAUGGAGAUAAUUUACCACCAAUAAUUUCAAAAAUUUAUGAAGAAAAUAAAAAUUCAUUUAAUAUUAACAAGUUACAAAAUUUAAUUCAUUCAAUACCUUUAAUUUUAAUGAUUUGUUCAAUUGGAAUUUCAAGUAUUCCAAUAAAUUUAGAUAAUUUAACAACUUUUGAAAAUUCAAAAGAUGAAGCAUCAUCAAUUAAAAUUGGAUGUUUAAAUGGUCAAAAUAGUUUUAAAAAUUCACCCAAUUUAAAUCAAAAUCGUACAGAAAUUGCGUUUAAACUCAAGAAAUAUGCUGAAUGUAUAAUAACAUUAUUCCCAAAUAUUUUACCAACAAAUUCAAUUUUAUCAACUCAAUUUUAUAUUAUGUUAAAUCAAUUAUAUUUACAAAAUGGUUAUCCCCUUUUAGCUCAUGAAUCAAUUCUUAAUGCAUCUAAAAAUAUUAUGUAUUUUUUACAAAAAAAUCCCAUGGAAAAAAGUGAUAUAAUAGGAAGAUUAUAUUGGGCAUGUUUAAAAUUAGAAUGUGAACUAGAUAUAGAAUUAUCACCGUUAGUUCCACUUUCAGGAAUUAACAAUUUUAUUCCACCAACUAAUUUUCCCAAAAUCGCCACACAACCAAAUAUAAAUUAUAAUGAUAAUAUAAUGAAAUUAGCCAAUAAAUAUGAUGAUGAAUAUACUUGGUAUUUUUUUUUAACUGAAAUAGCUAUAAGAAAAAUUGAUAAUAAAAUGUUUGAUGAUUUUUAUCAAUACAACCCUAAAAAUGACACAACUGUAUCAUGGGAUGAUGAAAAUUUUAUAAAAAAUGAAUUUCCUAAAAAAUUUAUAAAAUAUUUAAAUCAAUAUAAUGGAGUUAUAAAUUCAUUAACUCCAGAAAUUAGGAAUUUCAUAUUACAAGAAACAAAUACUGAUCAAAUUUAUAGAAGAAUGAAAAAUAGAUAUGAAAAAAAACAUAAUACUUUGAAAUCUAAACCUAAAGUAGAAGAUGAUAAAUUUAGUGUUGAUCAAGAUCAAAUUUUUGAUAGUUUAGAUGAUUUUUUAAUUGAUGAUGAUCUUUUGCUAAAAGCUCAACUGGAAUCAAUAAUGUAUAUAAAAACAAGAGUAAUAUCAUCAAAAUUAUUUUUAUUUAGACCAUUAGUUUAUAUGUUUUUAGAAGAUAAAAUUCCUACUACUGAAAUAUUUGAAUCAAUUGCCAUUAUAUUACAACAAACAAUGAUGAAAAAUCAAUUACCUAUUUUAGAAUCACCAAAUUCAAUUAGUACAUCACCUACAACUACCACCACAACAGCCACAACCGACAACAAUCAACUAGAUACUACUAUGGAUAUGAAUUUUUAUAAUUUAACUAAAGCACCACCAUUUUAUCAAACAUAUUUUCCAGAUGAAGAUUUUUCAAAUUUAAUAGAUUAUGAUUAUCAAUCUGAAAACAAUCAAGAAGAAGAUAUAAAAUUAAAAGAUUUAACAAAAGUCAAAAAAAAAAUUUUAAUUGUUUUUAUUCAAAAUUUAAUUUCAAUACCAAAAUUAAAUAUACCUAAGUUAUCAUCUCAUAGACAUCCUGGAUCAUGGUAUUUUGUUAGAAAUAAUUUAUUAGCUAAUAUAUGUCAAUUUUUAAUUUAUAAAAAAAUGAAUGAAAUGAUAACUUCAAUUGAUUCAAAUCCCCAGCUACAACAUCAAAUAAUUGAUAAAUAUUUUGGAAUUAAUAAAAAUUGGAUAGAAAUUAAACAAUUAUUUAAUUUAAUUAUUGAUAAAACUAGUAUUAUUGCAUUCUUGGAACAUUCACUUAUAGUUUUUGAAUAUUGGAAAGAAGAAAUGAAUGAUUGUGAAAUUUAUCAAGAAUUUAUUAAAAAAAUGUUAGAUAAUUUAUAG